AUGUCCGCCGCCGCCGUCGCAGCCUCAGCCCCGCCAGACGCCGACCAUGCCGCCUCCCCCGGCGACGACCCGCUCGCGGGCGUCGGCGGGGACAGCGCCUGCUCCACGCCGUUCGUCAGCGCGCCGUCCAGCCCCACCCGGGACCCCUUCUCCGGCCACCACCACGCCGCGUGCUUCUUCAGCGCGCCAGCCAGCCCCACCCGCGGCGCCAGCAGCAAGGACUUCGUCUGCGGCGGCCUCGACUUCGACUUCGACUUCUCGUCCCGCUUCCCGUCGCCCUCGGCCGCGGCCAUGUCGUCAGCCGACGAGCUCUUCCACAACGGCCAGAUCCGCCCCGUCCGCCUCUCCGCGAUGCUGCUCCAGCCACACCAGCCCCACCAGGCUUCGCUCGCGGACGACGACGCAACCUCUCCAUCAUCUCAGGCGGCGGCGGAGGCUGGCGAGCGUGGCCGCUUCCGGAGCCGGUCCGUGCACCGAAAGUCCCGCUCGCUCUCCCCGUUCCGCGCCCACUGGAGGUCGUCACCUUCUCCAGCGCCGCCGCCGGAGUCCGAGUCCGUCGAGCUGACCGCGACGCCCCCGGCUUCGCGCUCCUCGUCCUCCUCCUCCACUGCUUCAUCCGCGUCGUCCUCUUCCUCGAGGGGCUCCCGCCGGUGGGGCUUCAUCAAGGAUCUCCUCCACCGGAGCAAGUCCGACGGCGGCAAGGACAACCACCACCCUUCCGCUCCGGCUCCCACAACUUUCUCAGCAACGCCAAAGAGGAGCUCAUCUCCUUCUCCUGCAACUCCUUCUGCAUCGCCAUCACCGUCGCCGGCGGCGGCGAGGGGGAGAGGGACAGGGAGGGGCAGGCGGAGGUCGGCCCACGAGAGGCUCUACGAGGCGAGGAGGGCCGAGGCGGAAGAGAUGCGGCGAAGGACGUACCUGCCGUACCGGCAGGGCGGGCUGCUGCUCUUCGGCUGCAUCGGGAUCGGCAACCGUAGCUACGGCACCGCCGUUCAUGGCCUCGCCCGGGGGCUCAACACCGCCGCCGCUGUGUCUACCAGGUCAUGA